UUCACCUUUCUAGUUCGGUUAGCUUGGCACAGAACGGGCUCUGGGCUAACAGUGUGUAGUGCUCCAUUAGCAGGAUUUAUUCAUUUGAAAGUACUUAUAUUAUUAUCAAAGCUUUUUUUAUGGCUGUCCUUUUUUCCGUCGGUUCCGACAGCUAGUCCAGUUAAAAAGAGGGUUGAUGUGGUAAUUCCUGUCCUGCCUUGUGAAAGGUUGACACCUUUCAUGGAUGAAGAAAGCCUCGAGGCAGCUAUCACUGCCUAUGGUGCCCAGCUGCAGCAGGUGGAGUUGGCCCUGUCUGCUGUCGAGGACUCCACCCAGCAGUCAGACCUGCUCAAACUGAAGGAAGACCUUCGCCAGCUUAUAGAGCUCACUGAGGCCAGUCUAGUGUCCGUCAAAAAGAGUCAGUUGCUGGCCAGCCUUGAGGACAGUAGUGGACCAGAGGCAACAGCUGAUACGAACGGUACAAAUGGUGGUCUGGACUCCGAGUUUGCUGCUUUUUACUCUGAACUGGGGGAGUCGUCAGGCAGUAGCUCUGAUAAGGCGGGAGAAGGUGGGGUUGUGGAUUGUGAAGACGAGGAAGAAGAAAAUGAGGAAGAAGAAGAUGCGCUUAGUGGUGCCAAAGUAAGAGCGCCCUACAGGACCUCAUGGGGGACACUGGAGUAUCACAAUGCAAUGGUGGUGGGGGCAGAACUGCCAGAUGGAGAUGAGGCACAAGUAAGAGUACUCUACAUCUACCCCACCCAGAAGUCCAUGAAGCCCUGUCCAUUCUACCUGGAGGACAAAUGUCGCUUUCCAGAUAACUGCAGGUUUUCUCAUGGCGAUGUGGUGUAUGUCUCGGAGCUCAGAGACUUUGUGGAGUGUGACCUCAGUAAUCUUGAAGAAGGCUCUUCCUGCCUGGCUCGACAUGAGGACGGCAUCUGGUACCCAGCCAAAAUCACAGAGAUUGACAGUGGAUUCUACACUGUGAAAUUUGACUCACUGUUGCUGAAAGAUGUUGUGGUCGAGGCCGACUGCGUUAUCCCACCGCUGAGAGAAAAUGACCCGCUCUCCUCUGACUCUGAGCUGGAUGAGAUUGGAGAUGGAGACGCUAUGGGAUUCGCAAAAGUUAUAGACUCCACAGUGGAAUCCACAGAAACGUCAAACAGUGCUACUUUUGGUGGCUGGGAGGCACAUACCAGAGGGAUCGGGUCCAAGCUUCUGCUCAAAAUGGGCUAUGAAUAUGGGAAAGGCCUGGGAAAGCUGCAGGAAGGUCGAGUAGAGCCAGUGAUGGCGGUCGUCCUACCCAAAGGUAAGUCUCUGGACCAGUGUGCCGAACUCACCCAGAAACGCACCCAGAGCAAAGCCGCUAAAGAUGGCACAGGCCAUCCAAAGCGGCGCAAAAAGCCCCGAGUCGCCACCAGAGGGGGCCACACUGUCUUUGACUUUCUCAACCACAAGCUCGGAGGCAAGAACGCUGAUCCUGCUGAGGGGGGUGCUGCUGCGCCGUCAACAGCGACUGGGGUGGAGGCUUACAGGGGAGGGCAAAGCACCAAGAGGAGUCUAAAUGUGAAGCUGUUCCAAGCUGCUGAGAGGGUGUCCCAGACUGAGAGGGAGAUCCAGAAACUGAAUGAGUCACUCAGCAGACAGACUGGAAGGGAUUCAUCCAGAGUGAAGCAGCUGGAAGAGAAGCUGUCAGCAGCCCGCCGGCUGCUGGCCCAGCAGAAAGCCCAGGAGCUGUCCAUCCAGAGAGAGCACAAGAAGGCUGACACACACAAGAAGAUGACUGAGUUCUGAGCUCAGGUCUCUGAAAAACUCUGGAGGAUAAAGGGAAGCACAGCUUUCCUGAAUUGAACUUUUGUUUCUUUGCCAUUGUUAGUUACUUCCUGCACUGUUUUACCAAUUUAUUUUAAAACAUUAGUUCUCACUGGCUUCUCUUUAGGCAGGAUGGGUCUGCUGAUCCUCAUUUUACUCAGCAUAGAUGACUGCUGGUUUCAAACUGUACACAAUAAUGAUUAAAGCUGAUUUUUAUUCGUAAUGCUUAUUUUUCCCUUUGUCUGUUAUCCUUUACAGAAGUAAAAAAUUUAUUUGGAGAAA